AUGAUUCUACUUAUCUGCAUAUUAGCAGUGAAUUCUGGCUUAGCGAAAUCUGUAGACUGGGAAGCUGCCGAUCAAGAAUUUAGCCCUUACGUUUUCACGCAUUACACGUUGCCAUUUAAAUAUAAAAAUCAUGCUGGUGAAUGGUUUGGUUACGAGACGGCAUAUAUUCAAAAUCCCAAUAUCACGAAUAAUGUUCCUUCUAUGUUUACACACCGCAUACCAUUACCACCCACAACUGGACAAUUUGGUGCGUGGAGUAAUCUUGCUGAUGUUACAUCUAACCAGGAAAAUACAUGGAAUUUCGAGAAGCGUGUCGAUUCCAAAGUUUGGUGGCCAAGAGUUUCAAUGUCAAGUUCACAAAUUUGA